AUGGCUGUUGUUGCUGCAAGUGAAUUGUCAAAUGUUCGUUCAUCUGUAAUAUUUGAAAUAUUUUUAACAAUAAAUCGUUGGUGUGUAUUAUUUUGGUUACUUAUUGAAUCUCUUUGUUUUGUUUAUAAAAAUGCAACAAUUAUAUAUCCUAAUCAAGGUCAUCUAACUGGAGAAAUAAUUCUUAUGCUUAGUGUAUUUUUUAUUGAUUUAUUUCGUAUAUUACUUGGAUCAAUAUCAAAUCGAACUGAAAGUAUUCUAUUAUCUGCUAUAACAAUUAUAUUAACAUUUGCUAUAUUUUUUGGAUAUUUAUAUUUUAUUGUAUGGCAAUUAUUUGUUACACGAGCAGAAUUAAUAAUGACAGUUAUUGCAUUAAUUUUUACUGGAUUUGGUAUUGUAUUUUUAAUAUUAUGUAUUAUUUUUUUUGCUCGACCAACACCAAUACCAUCAAUUUAUCGACAAAUGCCAUAUCGUGCAUCAAUGUAA